AUGUCUAUUAUUGUAGAUUUAAAGUGUGAACUCUCUCAAGUUAAAGUUGAAAAGGAUUCAGUAUGCAAGAAUAUCAGAAUGUUGAAUAUUGGCACUGUGUCUUUGGAAAAAACUUUAACAGAAGGAAAAUCUACUGGUGAUAACUCUGGGCUUGGCUUUUCUAAAAGAGGAAAUCAACAUUACAAUCAGUUGAAACUAAAAGAGAAGCAAAAGAUUGAGUUUGUUAGUGCUGAAGAUCUUGAGUCUUAUGGCUUUACAAAUCUUCCUAAAGGUAACUGGUAUUUUGAUAGUGGAAGCUCUAUGCACAUGAUCGGUAAAAAGAGUUAUUUGUCCGAUCUCAAUUCUGUCAAUUCUAGAAAGGACAUUUUUGGUGAUGGAGCCAGGCAAUCUAAGAGUCUGGGUGGCAAACGAUAUGUUCUAGUUUUUGUUGACGACUUCUCCAGAAAGGACACCCGCAACUUCAAGACGCCGAAAUGCCAUGGUGAGAUUGCGAAGCUUCUGGUGAAGGAAUGUCCGGAGUUGGUGACGUAUGCUAACGGAGUUGAGGAAUCGCCACUGUUCGUGCGGUGGAGAGGAUUAUUUGGAGAUUGCACAAGAAUUCUGAAAGUGGAUUUGAAAUUGCUGUAUGGUGGAAGAGAUAGCGCCACUGUGCUUUCAGCCAUUAUCAUUCGAACCCUCAAGAACGUAAGCUACACCCAGAAUCUGAUUGAGACUCCACUUAGAGUGUAUUUGGCUCUUCCAGUCUUGUAUGUCAACCAUUUCCUUCCAGAAGUGCUGGGAUUGCCUUAUUGGGAAAGGAAAAUCACCUGUAAACUUAGGCCCUCUCAAAAAGAUUUUAUUCAGAAGGUGUUGAACAAGUUCCCAAACAUUCUAAUAGAACCAGACAUUUGCGGAUGGGUUCCUCUUCACUAUGCAGCCUAUCUCGGAUCCAAGGAACUGGUUGAAAUAAUACUAAACCAUACACCAUCCAUGGCUUAUAAGAAAGACAAUAAAGGUGUCCCGGCCCUGCACUUAGCCGCCAAAGAAGGCCGUUCCGCCGUCCUCAAAACCUUUGCCAAAGUUUGUCCCGACAGCUGCGAGCUAUUGGAUCCAAACGACCAAACAGCCCUCCAUGUUGCGGUUGCCAACCGGCAGGCUUACGCUGUUCGAAAGAUGUUGGAGUUGGGAAGUUUUAGGAACUUGGUGAACCAAAAAGACAUUGAUGGGAACACUCCUUUGCAUGUUGCUGCCAUUGUUGGGGACUAUGUUAUAGUCAUGAUGUUGGCUGCCAAUGGGAGAGUUGACAAGAAGAUUAUGAACAAGGCUGGUUUUACUACAAAUGAUAUUAUUCGAUUGAAUUCCAAGUUUAGUUGGUAUGAAAAGUCUUUCAGCAUAGCACGCUUGGAAUUUAAUGGAGCUCUACGAGGCAUGGAACAAGUGCUAGCUAGAAAACCCAGAACCAAUAAUCUAUUGCUUGAAAAAGAGGAAUCAAAAUUAUCAAAUGUCACAGAACAAGAAACCAAUAAAUCAGCCAUUGUACUUAACAAUAAAGCCAGUAAUCAACUACAGAAAUCGCAAAUAUGGAGCGAACUAUCAGAUGCAAAUCUCGUUGUGGCAACGAUUAUCGCAACAGUAACCUUCAGCGCUGCCUUCCAAGUUCCCGGGGGAUACCAAAGCGAUGGUAUGGCGGUACUACGAAAGGAAAAAUAUUUUAGAUUGUAUUUGAUAUCUGAUGCUUUGUCUUUCGGGUUUGCGGCGGCAUCGAUGUUCGUCACAUUUUUUACGGGAUUGUUCGGGGCGAAUUCGGGGUUCAGUUACCCAAGAAGAUGGGUGACUUUCUUGACAGGUAUUUCUGUUUGGUUUAUGGUGUUUGCAUUCAUGUUGGGAACAAGCGCAGUCAUGACAGAACAUUCAGGGUUUGCAGGGCUGGCUCGUUCAGUGGCUUGUGUUUCUUUUAUAUGGCCAGUGGUUUUCUUAGGGGCUGUGGCUGUUAAUUGGUUUACUUAUUUUCCUUGACUCUCAUUAAUAUUGUUUUUUUUUUUUUGAAAAAAAAUAUUAUGUUUAAAAUAAGAAUGUUGAGUGUCUUAUUGUGAUGAUAUCCUUAUGCAAUAAUGUGAUCUUAUACUUUGUAAUUUUUACAACGAUGCAAUAAUAUUGGAGA